GUCAACUCGACGUGCACACAGAGAGCCAGGCAUUCAUUACAUAGUGCCCUUCUUCUCCACGGUGACGGACUUUAAGCAGGUGAUCACGUCGACAUUCGAAGCCGACGAGGCCGUCAUCGCCCGCUUCGCCGACACGUCGCUGCUGAUGCGGAACGCGUCGAACGUGACGGUGAUCACGGCGACACAGUACACCGGCGAGGAGUUCUUCCAGGGCGGCCUGAACCAGUUCAAGACCCAGCUCGCUGAUCAGCUGCAGAAGGCAUCUACCUCACCGAGCGCCGGCAGGUCGAGAUCGAGCAGACCGACCUCGCGCCCGUCGGCCUGGCUUCCCCCGACGGCCGGCCCCAAGCUCGUGCGCGCCAAGCAGCUGGUGUGGAAGACGGUGCCCAUUCUCCAGGACAAUGGCGUGCCGCAGCGCGCCGAGAACCCGCUCUCCCAGUACGGGCUCGGCGCGGCGGAGGUGCCCGACUCGGGAGCGGUGCAGUUCAUAUGA